CGCGGCGGCGGCGGCGGCGGCAGCAGCGGCGGCGGUAGCUGGGAGAGGGCGCUCCACGCAGCGGCGCAUUGAAUGGGGAAGCGAAGGCGGCAGACCUGUGCUGGGCUGCUCCGGGUCUGCCCGUCGCUUUGCAGUGUGCACCGCUCGCCAUGAGGAGUGCCCAACAGCUCGCCUGCUCUUCUUGCUCCCGGCCGCUCCUGCUCCGGGUGUUCUGAACCUGCGGCCGAUGCGGAUCGCGGGGGACCCCAAAAUCUGCUCUUCGCUCCCAGCCGGCUCCCGGGCUCCUGCCCGCCCCCUGUGAAGAGCCGGAGCCCCACCUGUGGAGGAGGUGGCGCAGGGCGCACCCUCGCGGGGACCCGGCUCCGCUGGACUUGCGAACGAAACGGGAACGUUUUGCAUUUUUUUUUUUUUAGGGUAGAGGUGCCGGGAGCUAGUGCAGGGGUUCGGGGCACGCAGAAGGAGGAGAGGGAGGGAAGUCUUUGGGCUAGUCUGUCCUCGGGGAGAGGUUUCCUCCCCCAAGCUUGGGGGAGAUUAUGGGACUCCCAGCCCUGGAGUUCAGCGACUGCUGCCUGGACAGCCCGCAAUUCCGAGACACGCUCAAGUCUCACGAAGCCGAGCUGGAUAAGACCAACAAGUUCAUUAAAGAGCUCAUCAAGGAUGGGAAAUCCCUCAUCUCGGCGCUCAAGAAUUUGUCUUCUGCCAAGCGGAAAUUUGCUGAUUCCCUAAAUGAAUUUAAGUUCCAAUGCAUAGGAGAUGCAGAGACAGAUGAUGAGAUGUGCAUCGCAAGGUCUUUGCAGGAGUUUGCCACUGUUCUCAGGAAUCUUGAAGAUGAGCGGAUACGGAUGAUUGAAAAUGCCAGCGAAGUGCUCAUCACGCCUCUGGAAAAGUUCCGCAAGGAACAGAUUGGGGCUGCCAAGGAUGCCAAGAAGAAGUAUGAUAAGGAAACAGAGAAGUAUUGUGGUGUCUUGGAGAAACACUUGAACUUGUCUUCCAAGAAGAAAGAAGCUCAUCUUCAUGAGGCAGACAACCAAGUGGACCUGGUCCGGCAGCACUUUUAUGAAGUCUCCCUCGAGUAUGUCUUCAAGGUGCAGGAAGUCCAAGAAAGGAAGAUGUUUGAGUUUGUGGAGCCUCUGCUGGCCUUCCUGCAGGGACUCUUCACCUUCUACCAUCAUGGUUAUGAACUUGCCAAGGAUUUCAGUGACUUCAAGACACAGCUGACCAUCAGCAUACAGAAUACAAGAAAUCGCUUUGAAGGUACCCGAUCAGAAGUAGAGUCACUGAUGAAAAAAAUGAAGGAGAAUCCUCAUGAACACAAGACCAUUAGUCCUUAUACCAUGGAGGGCUAUCUCUACGUCCAGGAGAAACGUCACUUUGGCACUUCUUGGGUGAAGCACUAUUGUACGUACCAGCGGGAAUCCAAAAGGAUCACCAUGGUGCCCUUUGACCAGAAAUCAGGAGGAAAGGGGGGAGAAGAUGAAUCAGUCAUUCUCAAAUCAUGCACACGACGGAAAACAGACUCUAUUGAAAAGAGGUUUUGCUUUGAUGUGGAAGCUGUAGAUAGGCCAGGUGUUAUCACCAUGCAGGCGUUGUCUGAAGAGGACCGGAGACUGUGGAUGGAAGCCAUGGAUGGCCAGGAACCAGUCUACAACUCAAACAAAGACAUUCAGAGUGAAGGAACUGCACAGUUGGACACCAUUGGCUUCAGCAUAAUCAGGAAGUGCAUCCAUGCUGUGGAAACCAGAGGGAUCAAUGAGCAAGGACUCUACAGAAUUGUUGGCGUCAACUCCAGAGUCCAGAAGUUGCUGAGUGUUUUGAUGGACCCCAAAACAGCUUCUGAAACAGAAGUGGAUAUAUGUGCGGAGUGGGAAAUAAAGACCAUUACUAGUGCACUGAAGACUUACUUAAGAAUGCUCCCUGGGCCACUCAUGAUGUACCAGUUCCAAAGAAGUUUCAUCAAAGCAGCUAAGCUAGAGAACCAGGAGUCUCGAGUCUCAGAAAUCCAUGCCCUUGUUCAUCGGCUCCCGGAAAAAAACCGGCAAAUGUUACAGUUACUCAUGAAUCAUUUGGCAAAUGUUGCGAAUAACCACAAGCAAAAUUUGAUGACUGUGGCAAACCUGGGUGUGGUGUUUGGACCCACGCUGCUGAGACCGCAAGAAGAAACGGUGGCAGCCAUCAUGGAUAUCAAGUUCCAGAAUAUUGUGAUUGAGAUAUUAAUAGAAAACCAUGAAAAGAUAUUUAACACUGUGCCUGAUGCACUCCUCACAAACACCCAGCAGAGCUUGUCUUGGAAGAAAAGCAAUGACUCGAAGCCACCCUCCUGCAGCGAGAGGCCACUGACGCUCUUUCACACAGUACAGGCAACAGAAAAACAAGAACAAAGAAACAGUCUCAUCAACUCCAGUCUGGAAUCUGUUGUCUCUUCAAAUGCCAACAGCAUCCUCAACUCCAACAGCCCUCUGCAGCCCAGUGUGAACUCAAGUGACCCUGAGCUGGAAGUGAUGAAACCCACUAGGCCCAGUUCACUCCCCCCGAAUCCAAGCCCAACUUCACCCCUCUCACCGUCCUGGCCCAUGUUCUCUGCGCCAUCCAGCCCUAUGCCCACCUCAUCUACGUCCAGUGACUCAUCCCCCAUCAGCUCACCUUUCCGAAAAGCAAAAGCCUUGUAUGCUUGCAAGGCUGAACAUGACUCAGAGCUCUCGUUCACAGCAGGCACUGUCUUCGAUAAUGUUCAUCCAUCUCAGGAGCCUGGCUGGUUAGAGGGAACUCUAAAUGGGAAGACAGGAUUAAUCCCGGAGAACUACGUUGAGUUUCUCUAACUUCGGACACCCGAGCAAUACUGCUGAAUGUUACAUGGUAUCCAUGACAACUGCUGAUCAGGGUGCAAUGGAUCAUUUCUCUCAGCCAUGGAGAAAUGCAGGGCGACGGACUCUUUUUCCUCUCUGUCAAAAUGAAUGUUUCUGUGAAUCCUAGUGUCCCUGUCUGUAUCAUCAUCUCAGCUGAUGCGCAGCAAUGCUUUAAGUGGUGGAAUCAGGAGUACAGCUGGGUUCUGACUCGUUGGUAGAAGGCUUGCAACAUGGCCAUUUUCUUAUGAACGCUCCAAGCAGAGAAGACUCAUUCUCAUUCUGGGGGGGUCUGAGCACAGAACUCCAGAAUGGAGGAGUAGACAAUAAGUUGUCCCAGAAACCCAGGAGGUAGGGGAAGGAGACUGACCAGAAGAGGGGUCUCUCUCUGCUGGUGGGGUGGGCUUCUGCUUUUGUUUACAGUGAGCUCUUUCUUCAUUCCAUGAGACCCACUCUGCUCACAGGCAAGCUGCUCUCUGCCUGGUCUCAGGGUGGGAAGGGGUUAAGGCAUUGUUUACAUAAUUUCAAACCACUCACCAUUUCUGUAGCAUCUGUUUGCCCAUCCUCAGCAAAACUCAGUCCAAUCUUCUCACAGGAGGGAGCACACACCCCCUCCAGCAAAGGCCUGUCUCUUCAACUGAGGGCUGUGAUCACCUGGUAACCACGGCAACCUGGCCUGCUGCAAAACAAACAAAAAAAGAGAAAACACAAAUCUCUAAAACAUGUUUUUUCCUCUUUCACUCUUUUCCUCCACCCCCUGGCAUUGGUAUCUUUUCCUAAUGGUUUUAAAGCACUACUUCACAGUAGAAGAAGAAACUGGAAUGGUCUCCUUGGGGGCAAGUAUGAAAGUAGCUGGGAAUUGGCCCCUUUCUAGAUGAGCAUGAGCAGUACCAGUGUGUAUUUGGAGCAAACCCUUAUAGCAUUUUUGAGAUUAGAUUGCAGCCAGGCAAAACAUUUUUGCUGGAUUCAACUGGCAUUUCCCCACUGGAGGACAAAAUGCUGCUCCUGAAAGAUGACUUAUUCCUCUUUGUCUUUCUGCUUGUUCCAUAUCCUGCCCAUCACCCCUCCUAGGCUUAAUCAGAACUAUACCCUUUUCCCCUCCCCUCAAACUCUUAUCAAAUUUGCCUUUGGGGAAUGGGCCUGGUCCAGCUCCUCAUUCCUCUCUUGGUGUUUCCAAGGUUAUCCUGUUCUUACCAUGUGGCCAAAGAUGCCACAACCGUUCACUGCAUUAGCAUAAAUUUUUUUCAGUCCACAUAAGUGUUAGAUUGUUCCUCUGGCAAAUUGUGAUUCUAAAGGAAACCCCUCCCUCCCCCACAAAAAAGGGUAGAGGGAAGGAGGUAGUUUCUUGAGAAGGAUAAUCUCUUUGGAAGGAAGGGUGAGCACUUGGAGGAUCUUUGUGGGUAGAGACUGUCUUGUGAGAUUUACUUAGGGUAGGAAGAAGGGGGCUAGAGUGGGACUAUUUUCUGGUUCAGAUUGGAGGGUUAGGGAUAAAAAGCUUUACAACUUCCUGUGAAACAGCAUCUCAUUGGCUGAGACACUCAGAAAAGAAAAGUGCUGAGCUGCCUGCCUGUUUGUACUAGGGAGAAUUGUCCUCUCCCCACCUGACCCUUAAGUCCUACAACUCCUGUGGAAUUAACUUCAAAGAAAGAAAUGAAACUUGAGUUGGUGAAUUACUGUAUCUUACUUUUUAAUUGAAGAAAAUAAUUUGUAAAUAGAGAAAUUUGAAUACUCUAUGGUAAAAUUUUAUAUUUGAUAUUUUAAGAUGAGCUAUAAUGAGUGAGUAACUUGACCCAUGUACGGCUUGUGUAGUGAAGAGAAAGAAGUCAAGGGAAGGGAAGGGAAAGAUGAUCAGAAGACUUCAGCCAGUAUAGCCCUGACAAAAUCUGAAUUAGCCUCAUCUGCUCAUUUGGCCGGUGGAAAUUGAUUUUGCUGCCUUUCAUUGAUCCCGAAAUAUUAGCUAAUUCUUUCCUGGUAUUGGAGUAAGAGGAAAGGAGGAGCUUAAGUAAAUAAAAACUCCCUCUGAGUGAUUGAUCGGCUUCUAGAGCAGUGAGGUAGGAGAGGCAGGAGGACGUUUCCUUGGCCAGUAGGUAUGGGGAAGGAACAAGGGAUUUUUAGUUGGUGUCCUCUUGGGGGUAGUGCAUGAUGCUUACCGUAUAUGGAGGAGAUAUGACAGCUUCUGGAUCUUUAUCCCUUACCUUCUCCCACAUCUUCUAAGACUGACUGGUUCUGGAGUAUCUGCAAAAGAUUAAAAUCUAGAUCUAAUUACCUGCUUCCUCUACCUCCUCUACCCCCUUCUUCUAGCUGUCAAAACAAGAGGUGAGUGAAUGAUGGCAGUGAGCAUGCUUGCCUCAGCAGUGGCAUUAAAGUUAUCAGGGCCAGGUUUUUCAUUUUCAUCCCCAGUUAAUGUGAGUUCCCCCUUGUCAUUUUGCCACAGCUCAAGGAUCAAACAUAUUUUCUAGUAACCCAGUCAAGGGCUACCAAGAAUACUGCUGUAGAAUAAACAGGACAAGAAUUCUGCAUGGGCAGAAAGAGAGGGCUCAAAGGGCUUGUUGACAUUAACCCAAGGAGACAGGGUCCAUAUGGAUAAGGCAGAGUAUAUCCCUUGGGGGAUUGAACGAGGAAGAAGGGAAGGAUCUCCCAAAGAAGAGGUAGCCACUUCUUAAGGGUAAACAAUUUCCAGUCUUGUCUUGUGUGCUUUUUUUUAAUAGAGCCAAACCAAGGUUUUUACUACAUUUGGUAUGUUUAAAUAGCAAUGUACCCAGUCAGAGCUAAGUGUAUGUGGGCUCUGUGCACUGACCAAGAGAAAUGAUGUGCCCUGGCUAGAGACAGUUUCCACUUUCAGCCUCCUGUGGUCCAAAGCAUUUUCCCUUGGAAGCUUAUUCUUCAUUCCACAGCAGGGAGUCUUGUUUCGGAGCCAAAGGGAAAUAGAGCUGCUGUCCUUGGGAUUUUUCAGGCUUACCCCCUUCCCUUGCUAGGCUACUCUAGGCCAGUGACAGAUGGCUCUAUGUUUUCUGCUUUUCUAGGCAGCCUUUCUUCAUAUCAGGUAAAAAACCACUCUGAAUAGGAGCCAGGAAGAAGAAAGACACUUUCCUUUUAACCUAGGUCUUUAGCAUUUCCAUUAUUGAUUUCCCCCCAAUUCUCCAUCUUUCAGCUUGACUAGAAAUGUGGUGGGGAGGAUGGGAGGAUGGGAUGAUGGACUGGAGUUGAGAAGCUAGUCAUUGGUGAGUGUUUACCCGAGUUCACCAUGGAAACUGACACCUCUUACACAGCCUGAUGGACCCUUUAUUUUGGUCAAGGUGAUGAAGACCUUCUACAUGGCUACACAGACCUGAAGAAUGGAGCCAACUGGCACACCUCCCAGCAUUGAGGAGGUCACCAGCUCUCUUAACUGUUUUUCCAGAUCUCCAGAGAUAGCAGUUAUACAGCCCAGCCUCCCUGUGUUCUCCCAGCCUUAUGUUUACCACCUCUUCGGUGAAAGUGUUCCUCCUUAUCUCUGACCAAAUUCUCAUUUCAGUGUUAGUCCACUUUUUGCUUGGUGUUCCAUGGACCCUGAAAACAAAUGACACGUUUGUGGGUAAUAGUGACCUUGCUGAAGGUCAGUUUGGACACUUGCCUAGGACUCUCCUUGUAGCAGUGCCAGGGAGGAAAGAACUCUCAACACCUGUCUAAAUCAUAGAUUUGGGAAUAAUAAAAAUAAAGUCCAGCCUGAUUGGUAGAGCUUCAGGUGACUUAGAAAUUUAUUGCCUUUGGGCAUUUUCCCUUUUGGGGGCCCCUACUUCCUAAAGGUAGUCUUGAUCACCAAAUACUAUGAAUCAUGCCAUUGGGAUAGUUGUGUAUAAAGGUGUGUUGGGGGGGCAGCCAUUUCUCAAAGGUAAACUCCUACAGGUAUACAAUUUAACAUGGGCCUAAAUGUGUCUAAAAAACAACCAUGUUAUGGCCAGAAAAAUCAGCCAAUAUUAAAAUUUGCUGCCUGAUGUUAAAAAAAAAAUUGUUACCAAUAUGUUUCACUUUGGGAGUUAACCAUUAUCUCUGGCUAAUUUUCCUAUAUUCAGUUACAUUGACAGUCCUGCCCCGAAUUCCCCAGUAAAGUCAGCAGCUGUUGGGCAAUUCACACCCUGUGCUGGUGUUUAAAAAAUUCUCCAUGCACUCAGAUGUGUUUGGCAGCCAUACUGAUCCCCCAACAAGGCCCAACUACUCCCUCCUUGUAGAAUAAAAUGAUACCAGUAGCAGUGAAAUGAACCUUACUCUUACAGACUACCUGUAGUAAGACUCCAAAGGGUCUUUUAGCUUCUUCCUUUUAUACCUACAGUUCUCAUUUAAAUAGCUUCCAAAUAUGGGGUGAAAGGGCACUUAGAAAAUCCAAAUGCCCCAAGACCAAGCGUUGGAACGAGUAGGCACCUAACACUACUUCUGGAAGGACUCCUUGAGAGAUGAAGGGGCUAAAAUCCCAAGGCACAACCACAAUAUGACAUGAUCACAACUUUGGAAGUUGAGCCAGGCCCCAGAAUACUGUUGAAUGCCCAGAUUUUAAUAUUCCCCUGGUCAAAAUUCUCCAUAGUGUUCCCAUUUGAGAACCAGAAUAUUAGAAUAAAAAUAGAGAGAGCAGAAUGUCACAGCAUCUAGGCUACUUAGACCACACCCUGGAAGUGUUGAGUGAUGGUACCUAGUGUUUCUACCUUGCUAUACAAAGACUAGAGGCAUCUUUUUCAAGCAUUUAAAUACCUGUCCUCACAGGCGCAUCACAUCCAGGGUUAGUUCUCUACCUGUGAAAUGGAAAGAUCUAAACAGUAUGUAUAUGUAUGAGUAUGUGUUUGUGUAUGCGUAUGUACAGAACAUAUAUUUACAUAUAUAGCUAUGUAAGCAGACCCACAGAAGCCUGCAGUCACUGAGCCAUUGUAGAGAUUCAGGGGUUAGGAAAUAGGUUAGAGAGACGAGUUAUUGACUCUAGAAAAAAUGAUCAGAGAUGUAAAUUAAGUGCCAUUUUAAAACUUUGUUCAUAUUUAUAAGAUGUUUACUAUCUAUAGCCAUGUUCUUUAUUAACUUAAUAAAAAUUAUGUUGAAAAAUCAUACAUUGAUUGUGGUAACUGGCUCUCAGCUACCAUGUUCAGAAGCAUUCUCAAAGAUGUCAAUAUUUCAGGAAAGAAAAAUGAUGCAUGUUUAAUUUGUUAUUUAGGCUACCUUUGAGUAUGCUGUGAUGUAAUAAAUAUUAAUAAAGUACUUAAAAAUGGCACCUUAAUGUUAAAAAAAACAUUCUACUAUAUAAAUAAUGCACUAUCUUAAACUUCAACUCAGUAUUUGGUAUUGCCUGGUGCGUAGAAUCCAAUAAAGUAAUUACAAAAUAAUUUGUGGUUAGAGUGCAACUCGCCCCACACACAAACCCCAGUUAUUAGUAAAACAGAUAUUUGUUUUGUUUUGCCAUGUGUGAGCUUUUUUGUUAAAUGUGCUAUUGCUUUAUUCAACUGCAGCUAUGGAGAUCGAGCAAUUUCUGUCCACGUGGCCUUUGAGACUUUGCUUUCUUACAUUUGGUCAGUUUGUGUGACAAUCCCUGUGAAAGGAGUGGAAGUUUGAUUUCAAAUUAAAUGUCUUUUCC